GCUGACACUUGUUAGUUUUCAAUGUCAGGUAUUUUUGGGUAUUAGUUUUGCUGUUUUGCUGAACUAUACUGGUGUAGUUCUAAUAAAAUCUGAUGUGAUAUUCCGUGAAUUUGAGUAGCGUUGAUUUCACGAGUACCGGCUAUAGCCUAGCCUAGCUUUAAACACUAGGCGUUUCGUCUGUUUUAUUCUCAAACCAAAUUUAUUGAGCGUUUUAACAGUGUCAGACGUCAGGAUGACUCUGGGACGCAAAUACCACCUUUUCUGCUACGGACGUCCAUCGGCGGGAGCUAUGAGGACACGCAGGUACCGGGCCAGGAAAAACCAGAUGAGCAUAGUACAGCCCAUGACUUCAAAUCCUUCAAAUGAGGUAAUUGUAAAUUCUAGUUAAUUUCAGGUAUUAGACUCGGUACGGGGUCAGUAGUGUCAGUGUAAAUUUAAACUUCAUUGUGUUUCAUUUGCAGGUAGGGCAACCACCCUAUGAAUUCAACUUGCCGCAUUUGACAUCUGAGUUGGUCGAACCAUCCACAAGUUCAACAGGUUAUGCUGGCCCCACUAACCAAACUUUACCACUGGCCUCUGCAGGAUUGGCAGAUUUUAAUGAACAUCAAGGAGAUAUAAUUUGCCCUGAAGUGCCCUGCGUGGAUGCCAAUGUUGAAUGUGACUUAACACCUCUACAAAAAGAAUUGGAUCCUGAUGGUAUUGCACCAGUGAACGUCAUGAGCAGAAGCCAAGAGGAGAGUGGGGCAAGGCUGCCACCUCUGUGUAACCACACGGAAUGCACCGCUGAUGAUGUAAUGCUAAUGUGUUUAACUCUAGGCUAUAGGCAUAAUUUAACUUGGGUCGCAGUAGAAGGCAUAAUGAAAAUGUUUAAUUUUGUAUAUGGCACCAAAAAAAUUAAUGCCACAAAAAUUAGUUUGAUGAAGCGUUUAUUUGAUGGCACAGAUAACACUAAAGUAGCUUUCCAUUAUUAUUGCCAAACAUGCUGUAAGUAUGCUUCUAAGGUGGAUUCUGGUUGUCAGCAAGAUCUAGUUUGUUGUGGAAAUAAGUUGGAUGAUACGAACAAGGCUACAUAUUUUGCAACUAUAUCGUUUAAAGAUCAACUGAGAAAUCUUUUUGAAACCAAUGAGCAACUAGCCGAGUCAGCUCUGACAUAUAGGUUCUCCCGUGUUAAACAAAAUAAGGACAAUCUUGAUGAUGGGGCAGAUUACAAGGCACAUGCCAAACCAGGGAAAAUAUUGUCUUUUGCUCAUAAUUUCUCUUAUUCAUUUUUCACAGAUGGUGUUGGUAAAUCUAAAAAAAGUUUCUGGCCAAUUUAUGUAACGAUUAAUGAGCUUCCUCCCGGAGAUAGGAAAAAUAAUAUCUUAAUAGUUGGAUUAUACUAUGGUAAUGGUGCACCCAAUCUGAAGACGUUUCUUAAACCAUUUGUUGAUGAAGCUAACAAGUUAUCAUCAAGCGGCUUUGAUUGGGUGCACAAGGGUCAGGUUGUAAAUAGUAAAGUAAUUCCACUAUUGUGCAUCUGUGAUUCUGAUGCACGUUACAAGUUACUUAACCAUCAAAGCCACAAGGCUUUUUAUGGGUGCACUUAUUGUUACCAAAAACAAACUCAUACAGCAAAAGGACUGAAGUAUACCCUGACCACAAAAAAAAUUGUGGAACGCACUAAGGAGUCACUUCAUCUGGAUCUGCUUCUGGCUUCAAGCAAUCGUAAUAAGGGUAAGAAACAUAGGCAUGGCAGGGGUGUUUUGGGGGUGUCAUCUGUAGCAUAUCUGAACUUUUUUAAUCAGUCUAGAGGAAUGCCGGUAGAUUAUAUGCACAAUUUACUGCUUGGUGCAAUGAACACUUACUUUGAAAAUCUGUUUAUGGAAAAAUGUAAGAAGUUUUGGGUGGAUAAGGAUGCUACACCAGAGGAUCUUCAGAAAGCUAUUGAUGAACGCUUGCUCAUAAUCAAACCACCUACUUGUAUUAAGCCAAGCCCAGCUUCUUCUAUUCUAUGA